CCAUGUUUGUGCAUGUGUUCCUACAACUGAGAAGGAUACAGGGAGCCUGCCUGCCUUGCUGAAUUAGCUGAUGUUUUCUUGUUUCUGUUUCAGCAUUCAGGAUAAUUCCUUCAACACAACAGCUUUAGCAGAGUGUGACGGGGAUUCAGACUCUGCACAUGAAGAUCAAGCAGCCAGUUCCAGCCCCAGAGAUGAUGAUAACAAAGAAAAUUGUCCAGACAACGCUGCUGUCUUAGAGGAAAGGCAGCUGCCUUUGCAAGAUACUCAGCAGCACAAGCAGCUGGCCGUAAUUGACUACGCUGUAAAGCCUGAAAUGGGCAACUUAAAGCUAAGAAAACCUAAGCCCAUUGCAAAGCUAGAAAAUGGGAAAAGCCAUGAGGAAAGUCAGGAGCUAGAAAGUGCAUUGCCGGGCCUUCCAGAGUGGCAGGGGAAGGCUGGAUCCUCAGCUAAUGACUAUGAACAGAAUGUGGCUUUCAGAUGCCAGGAAGCAGUCGUGAGAUUUCAACCAAGAAUAGAUCAGAACACAUGCAUUUCACCAAAAGAAGCAACUGAGCCAUUUCACAGCUUAAAUGAGAAUUCUUUGUUGAAGCUACAAGCCCUUGAAACCGAUCUGUGCUCAGCAUUUCUGCCAACCCAGGAAGAAACUCCUCAGCUGCCGGCACCCAAGGAUCCAGCCCCUUCAUCAGUCCAAACCAGUGUGCAAGCUGAUGGGGCCAGUUAUGGAGAGCCUGUGCCAGCCCACAGAGACUGGCAGAAUGACAUGGACAGCAGCCCACAAGAACAUCACUCCCUAGGGACCAGUCGACUGCUGUAUCACAUUACGGAUGGAGACAAUCCUCUCUUGUCACCACGCUGCUCUAUCUUUAGCCAAAGCCAGAGAUUUAAUUUGGACACAGAGUCUGCCCCUUCUCCACCAAGUGCUCAACCUUUCAUGAUGCCAAGAAGUUCUUCUAGAUGUAACUGUGAAGAGUGCAAAGAACCACAAACAGUAGCACAACUUACCAAGCAUCUUCAGAGUCUCAAGAGAAAAAUUAGGAAGUAUGAAGAAAAGUUUGAGCAAGAAAAAAAAUACCUGCCUUCACAUGGUGACAAGACUUCCAAUCCUGAAGUUCUGAAAUGGAUGAAUGAUUUGGCCAAAGGUCGUAAGCAGCUCAAAGAGCUGAAACUCAGAAUGUCGGAAGAGCAAAACUGUAUCUCUAGAGUACCCCAAAGAAAUGAUUGUUGUGAAAGCACUGGGAGUCCUAAAGAGGCUGGGACACAGGAGGCCACAAGCGUGGAACCAGCUCCCUCAGUAGAAGAAACCAUGGAUAGUGUAUUGAGACGAUUAAAGGAGAAAAGACAACACUUUAACCUUCCUGAGACUAUUAAGGUAACUAAGCAAGAAAAGAGUCUCAUAAAACCCCUUUAUGACAGAUACAGAAUUAUCAAGAAACUUCUCGCAACUCCAUCUUUGAUCACAACAAUUCAGGAGGAGGAAGACUCAGAUGAAGACCAUCCUCAGAGCAGCCAUGAGUUAUCAUCUGGGCCAAUAUCUUGCCUCCCUGUGGAUGAGCACCUGUGUUACUCUCAGGAGGAGAGUGAGCCUGCAUAUGUUUCACCUCUGGAUGAAAAGAAAGUUUUCAGGCAAACAGCCUUGUCGAUGUCCAAUUUACAUGAGGCAACAAUGCCCGUUCUGCUUGAACAUCUCAGAGAAACAAGAGCAGAUAAGAAAAGGCUUCGCAAAGCUCUGAGGGAGUUUGAGGACCAAUUCUAUAAACAAACAGGAAGGAGUCCUCAAAAAGAAGAUCGGGUGCCAAUGGCCGAGGAAUACUCCGAAUACAAGCACAUGAAAGCCAAAAUCAGGCUCUUGGAGGUUCUCAUCAGUAAGCAUGAUAUUUCCAAAACGAUUUGAAGCAAAUGCAAUGCUGUGAUAUUGUUCUCUAGCAAAAAACCCAAGCAAACAAGUAAUGAAAAAGAGGAAGUAAUUUUACAGGUCUUGGUCUGCUGCACAAUUAUUUGAUACACUGAGAUUUUUGAUGCACUUUACCAAUUAUACUAGCUGAGAUGAGAGAGGACAGCAAUAUGCAAGAAUAUUAAGCACGGGGGAGUGGACUAUAGUAUAUAUUUUUUCCUUUUGAAAAAGCCUUGAAGUGCACUGUGAGAAUGUUAGAAAUUAAAAGGACACUGAAGUAUUGUAGAUCGUCAGUUUGACCUGCUCUUAGUUUUAAAAAGUGUGAGGAAAUGCUCUCCAGGUUUUAAGUACAUCUUAGUACAUGAUAAUGUACCACACAUUUCUUUCCAGAAUGAACAUGCACUAUGAUUAACUAUUAAUGUUGGUUCUCAGUGUGCUGAUUCACUGGAGCAAAAGAAACACGAGCUUAAAACAAAUGAAGGAAAAACUCAUGAAUGUACUCUGUCUUUCAAGACAGUGUUGCCAUUCAAUUCCAGCAGUUUCAAAGGUGCAUGCAAAGAACCAGUGCCAGGAUUUGGUCUAAAAUUCUGGGAGUAGAGCAAAGGGAUGCUGCCUAUGCAAAAAAAAAAAAAAAAAAAAAAAAAGGACAGAGCAUGACUGCCAAAUAGAACUAUUAGGUUUUUAGAAAUAAGAGAAAGUGUUUGUCAAAAAUGAAAUAGAUACAGUUUACUGGGAAGAGAUAAAACAAAUGUACUGGCUGCUCUCCUUUUCACUAUGGUUCACAGGACCUGGCUCACGGUACUUAAAAUUCAGUAAAUAGAUCAACUACAUGCUAAUUUUAUUUCUGUAUUAAACUUUGCACUUUAUUUUGCCUGACGCUAUAACAUUUGCUUUUCUAACUACCAAAGCUCAUUUAGACGCAUGCACUUUGUAAAAUGUCAAAGUAUUUCUUGUGUUAUAAAUUGCCACAUAUAUAUAUAUUAAAACAAGACUAGAUUAUUGCAUUAUGCUAAGAUAUUUUGGAUAGAUAAAGUACAUGGUAUAUAAUUGAGUGUCACAGUUAUCUGAUGAGGAACGCUAGACUUCUUGUUUACUAAAAAUAAGAUUAUAAAAAAGAUAUUUUUCCAUUGGAAUUAUGCAUCUUUCUUAACUUUCAGAGUAUCACACUUUGUAAUAUUAAGGAGAUUUUUUCACUACUUGUGAUAGAUCAUUUGUGUGAAAAGUGGACUAUUAACAGAAGGAUUAUCAGAGGGUUUUGUACUAGAAAUGAAAAGCACGGAUUCUGGGAAAUACCUAGCCCAGACGUGAAGGAAGGAAGAAUAAAAUAAAAAAAAUGGACUUGAGU